CUUCUUUUUCUUGGAAAAAUACAGGAAACGUCUAUUUUAGAAGAAUACCACAUUAACUGGACCCAGAAGCUGGGAGGUGGAAUCAGUGGUCCAGUCAGAGUCUGUAUGAAAAAAUCGACUCAAGAACGGUUUGCGCUGAAAAUCCUUCUCGAUCGCCCCAAAGCGAGAAAUGAGGUCCGAUUGCACAUGAUGUGCGCGACACACCCCAAUAUCGUUCAGAUCAUUGAAGUCUACGCAAAUAGUGUGCAGUUCCCUCAUGAAUCCAGUCCGAGGGCUCGGCUCCUCAUUGUCAUGGAAAUGAUGGAAGGAGGGGAGCUGUUUCACAGGAUCAGCCAACAUCGGCACUUUACUGAGAAGCAAGCCAGCCAAGUGACAAAGCAGAUCGCUUUGGCCUUGCAGCACUGUCAUUCUCUCAACAUCGCCCAUCGUGACCUCAAGCCUGAAAACCUCCUUUUCAAAGACAAUUCUUUGGAUGCCCCGGUGAAGCUCUGUGACUUUGGGUUUGCCAAGGUGGACCAGGGAGACCUGAUGACGCCGCAGUUCACUCCGUACUACGUGGCUCCACAGGUCCUAGAGGCACAACGGCGGCAUCAGAAAGAGAAAUCUGGGAUUAUCCCUACCUCACCAACGCCCUAUACGUAUAACAAGAGCUGUGACCUCUGGUCCCUGGGCGUCAUCAUUUACGUGAUGCUGUGCGGCUACCCACCUUUUUACUCGAAGCACCACAGUCGGACGAUCCCCAAGGACAUGCGGAAAAAGAUCAUGACCGGGAGCUUUGAAUUUCCGGAAGAAGAGUGGAGCCAAAUCUCUGAAAUGGCAAAAGACAUUGUGCGGAAGCUACUGAAGGUGAAACCAGAGGAAAGGCUGACCAUCGAAGGGGUUCUGGACCACCCCUGGUUGAAUUCCACGGAGGCUUUGGAUAACAUCCUGCCCUCUGCGCAGCUAAUGAUGGAUAAGGCGAUGGUGGCUGGGAUCCAGCAGGCGCACGCCGAGCAGCUGGCCAACAUGAGGAUCCAAGAACUGAAGGUCAACCUCAAGCCCCUUCAUUCGGUCAACAACCCCAUCCUUCGGAAGAGAAAACUGCUGGGAACGAAGCCUAAAGACAGCAUGUACAUCCACGAUCCUGAGAACAGCAGUGAGGAUUCCAACGUCGCUCUGGAGAAGCUCCGGGACGUGAUUGCCCAGUGCAUCCUCCCGCAGGCUGGUAAAGGUGAGAACGAAGACGAAAAGCUGAACGAAGUGAUGCAGGAGGCGUGGAAAUAUAACAGGGAGUGCAAGUUGUUACGAGACACCCUCCAGUCUUUUAGCUGGAACGGUAGGGGCUUCACGGACAAAGUCGACCGGCUAAAACUGGCUGAGAUCGUGAAACAAGUCAUAGAAGAACAGACCAUCUGCCACGAUUCUCAGUAGCCGGGAGCGGCUCGUUCUGAACGACGGCAAUGGAAAUACCCUCAAUUUUUUUCUCUCUUUUUUUUUUUAAACCAGACCGUUUGAGAGUUACCCUUUAAACUGUAAAAACUAUUUUUAUGUAAAUUAAUAAAUCAUAAUUAUUUCAUUAAAUUUCCACACAGCUUGCAAAUGCUGUAUAGAUGUAGAUAACAAGAAUCAUGGGUACUGUAAUAUUUUUUUAACGACUCGGUUCACCUAUGGGGGGAAAAAAUGAUUUUUAUGUACUGUUUUAUUCAUGACUCUGUGAAACGGGGCGAUUGAUUCUUGUGUUCUGUUCCAUAACCUGAUACUUUAGUCUCUUUCCAACUGCCUGUAUCAAUGAUUAAUUGCCUUUAUCAACCUUUUUUCCCCUCCCUUUCUCUCUUUUCCCUUCCUCUCAAGCCAGUGGCAUCUUAAAUCAGCAACGGCUGGUAACCCACAGAACGGUGUGUCAUGAUGAAGGAAACAUCUCUUCCCGUCUCCGAGCUUUUUCGGUUUCUGGCGGUUCCUCUCCUUCUUGGCUUCCCACCGUGGAAUAUUUUUCAAAAAGUCAAAAAACAUCUGGAAAGGGUCGCUUUCCCACCCCUCUUACCUUUUUCUUUCCUUUAAAUGAUUUCUGUUAACAAAAGUGGGUACCUAUUUCUAGUUUUCUAACUCGGAGCAGUUCUUUUUACAGACCGAAAACACUGGGCUGACAGUAGGUUUUUUUUUU